CCGCUCCCGCGGCCCCGCCGGUGUCUCCGGCCGCCCCCGCGCUGCCCCCGCCCGCUCCCGUCCUCCUCCUCCUCCUCCUUUCCCCCCGCCCUUCCCGCGCGGUGGUUCGCUCCUCCCCGCCCCUUUCCCCCACCUCUCGCGUCCCCUCCCACCCCCGGCUCCCCGCGGUGGUCUGGCCCGGCCCGGCGGCGGAGGGAGCGGCGGAGCGGGCGGCGCUGCCGGGCGGGGGUCUCGCUCUCCGGGUCUCGCUCUGCGGGGACGCGGCGAGCGGCGGAGCGGAGCGGGCCGGGGGAGACAGCGCAGCGAGCGAGGCAGCGGGAGCGGCUCCCCGACCGCGGGCAGCACCAUGAGUGAACAGAGUAUCUGCCAAGCACGAGCUGCUGUCAUGGUCUACGAUGAUGCCAAUAAGAAGUGGGUACCAGCUGGUGGAUCGACCGGAUUCAGCAGAGUUCACAUAUACCAUCACACAGGCAACAACACAUUCAGAGUAGUGGGCAGGAAGAUCCAGGAUCAUCAGGUGGUAAUAAAUUGUGCCAUUCCAAAAGGGCUGAAGUACAAUCAGGCUACACAGACCUUCCACCAGUGGCGUGAUGCUAGGCAGGUGUACGGUCUGAACUUUGGCAGCAAAGAAGAUGCCAAUGUCUUCGCAAGUGCCAUGAUGCAUGCCUUAGAAGUAUUAAAUUCACAGGAAGCUGGUCCUACAUUGCCUCGACAGAAUUCACAGCUUCCCUCUCAAGUACAAAAUGGUCCAUCACAAGAAGAAAUGGAAAUCCAGAGAAGACAGUUGCAAGAGCAACAGAGGCAGAAGGAGCUGGAACGGGAGAGGCUGGAUCGUGAACGAAUGGAACGGGAGAGGCUGGAGAGAGAGAGGCUAGAAAGGGAAAGACUGGAAAGAGAGCGCCUAGAGCAGGAGCAACUGGAGAGAGAGCGGCAAGAGCGGGAACGGCAAGAGCGCCUAGAAAGGGAGAGACAAGAGAAGGAGAGGCAGGACCGGGAGAGACUCGAGCGGCUUGAACGGGAGAGGCAAGAAAGAGAACGGCAAGAACAGUUGGAAAGGGAACAGUUGGAAUGGGAAAGAGAGAGAAGAAUUUCAAAUGCUGCUACCCCUGCCUCUGUUGAGAACUCUCUAAACUCUGUGCUGGGAGACUCCUCUGCUUCUGAGCCAGUCUUGCAGGCAGCCUCUCAGCCGGUUGAACCUCCGACCCAGCAGGGUGCUGUCCAAGGACCACCUGCACCUCCUCCUCCACCUCCCCUGCCCCCUGGCCCAGCUCAGUCUUCAGUAGCAGCCCCACCUCCUCCUGGCCCUCCACCAGCUCCUCCACUCCCACCUUCGGGGCCUCCUCCGCCGCCACCGCCGCCUCCUCCGCUGCCCAGCCAAGUUCCUCCCGUUCCCCUGCCCCCACCUGCUCCCCCGCUCCCAGCCUCCGGCUUUUCAGCGGGAUUCGUGUCCGAGGAUAAUCGCCCUCUAACUGGACUGGCAGCUGCACUUGCUGGAGCCAAACUUAGGAAAGUCUCACGGGGUGAAGACUCCUCCAGUUCGAGUGGAGGAGGAGGAGGCUCUGCUUCAUCCAAAACAGACGGUGGCCGUGGAAAUGGACCCCUUCCCUUGGGAGGCAGUGGGUUGAUGGAAGAAAUGAGCGCCCUGCUGGCCAGGAGGAGAAGAAUUGCUGAAAAGGGAUCAACAGAACCAGAGCAGAAAGAAGAUAAAACUGAAGAAUCAGAGUCUUCAUCUUCUAAGGUUUCUUCAACAAGCACACCUGAACUAACAAGAAAACCUUGGGAAAGGACAAAUACAGUGAAUGGAAGCAAGUCACCUGUUAUUUCCAGACGGGAAUCUCCAUGGAAAAAUCUGCUUGCUUCUGAAAACAGGUUCUAUGAUUCAUUAAACAGACCAAAAUCUACACCAACGGGACAGCCCAGUGCCAAUGGAGUACAGUCAGAAGGUCUAGACUAUGACAGAUUGAAGCAGGACAUUUUAGACGAAAUGAGGAAGGAGUUAACGAAAUUAAAGGAAGAACUCAUUGAUGCUAUCAGGCAGGAGCUCAGCAAGUCCAACACUGCAUAGAGAGACUCGUACUAAGCCGAUGUGACUCUUUAACUUGAUAUAAAACUGACUACGUUUUGUGAGCUGUUAGAAGAAAACGGAGACAGACAGACAGACACUCGGAAGGAGGGAGAAACAACCUAUUCUGAAAAGCUUCAGACACAUCACUCUGGUGAUAAUGCUAUUCCCCUCCUAGUUUGCAGCUUUUUUCUGACCUUUACAGCAGGGUGGAAAAGACUCCUAAAGUUACUGUAAUGAUUAUGCAGAAAUUCCUACAUCUAUCAGACAAGAUCACAGUGCUUUGAAGUCUACUCAUGUCAAGGUAAAAUUGCACAUGUUUCAGAAUUUGUUGUUAAGACAAAAAAACAGGGAAAAGCUUGGGAAGGCUUUUCAGAGAGGUUUUCUUUGUUAAUGAAGGAGUUAGCAAGUUAUACUGUUGUACUUCAAAUGUAUCUCAGGUUUGUCUUCCUAUCAUAUCUGAUAUUUCCAUGAGUAAUUAAAGAGAUCAGAUGUGUAGAGGUUCAGUUCACAAGACAAGGAAAAAUUAGAGACACGUGCUUUUAAAGGGCAAUAUUUGUAAGUAAGGAUGACCUAGACGGUGAUGACAUAUCAAGAUUUUGGAAUUUUAUGAUAGGAAGCCUCUCUAGUUAGCCUUCAUGCAAUUUUCUAGGAAAAUGAAAAAAAAAAAAAAGCAAAUACAGUCCAGAGUUUAAAGAUGUAGAUGCCUUCCUACAUUGUUACGAUGCUUUACCAAAUCUAAGACUUCGACAUAAAGCGAAUCAGCAGUCAAAUGUAAAUCAUUAGUAUGUUGUAGAUUUACAGUAGAUUUUGGGGCUUUUUUUAGAUUUAUGCAUGUGGACAUUUUGUAAUGUAACACAACACAGCCAGCUUUUUAAUUAAAAGAAAAAUUGCAUGUCACAGAGUAGCCUUUUCAUUUGUAAGGCUUAAUUUAUGCCCAGAAAGAUGUGGGAAGAGGGAGGGGGAAGGUGACACAUUUUUAUUACUUUCUACACUUUUUCUUCAUCUUACAUGCAUGUGUAAUAAUGAGGAAAACAUGACUUUUAUCAGUAACCAUGUUAAUGGAACCAGGUACUUGAUCCUUUUGUAUCUUUUUUCAGUUUUCUAUUUGAAAUUCAGUAAUAACUUCCAGUAAUGGUUCUGAAACUCCCACAUGAACCAAACUCGUUUCUCGGUGAGAGAAAAAACGUUGCAGGCAUCUGACUUGCUGGGGAUGCCCCUGUGUAAGUGCGUUGUCCUUCACCUUUUCACCGUGACCCUCCACUUCACUCUUUUCUGACACUCCUUUAUUUUGGUUGUUUAAUGAAACAGAACAGCAGAAAUUACCUGAGAACGAUCAGGUCACACGAAAUGGCCCCUUCUCCUCCUAAUUUAUCUGCCACCCUCUUUUCCAAAAAAACUCAAAACCAACAAAAAACCCGCACGGCUCCACACGACACAAACCCUGAAAAAACCAGCGAUGAUAUGGUUUUGCUCAACAAUUUGAGAAUCAUUUUAGGGAAGGUGAUAACCUCUCUCUUUCCCAGGGUUUUCAAUUUUAUGAGUGUAAAUUUUUACAUUUUCUUAUUUUGGUUUUUUUAAUGUGGUAAAGUUCAGUGGAAUAGAAAUUCUGCAAAUUGGCUCUGUAGUGCUUUGGACAAAGAAUAUGGAUCAAAAUCUUCCCUUUUCCUUUGCACUGUCCAAUUUUCUAAGCUGUGUUUGCUUUGGGAUCCGUUCAGAUCCAGAAGAAAAGUUUACUUACAACUUGUGGAGCGGUUUGCUUACAAGUACAGGCAGCUCCAUUCGUGGCACAGAUGCUUUCAAUAACAGACUGUCUAGAGCGCUGAACACCAAAGCAAAACAGCACUUAACAGCUUCAGAAAGGCUUCAGUAGGAAAUUUUUCUCCCAUUCAAACAUUGCCUGAUCUUAUAGGUUCAGAUUCUAAGGGAAGACAACAGUGGAAAUAUUGCCUAACUCCAUUUAUUAACUUUUUUUUUAAAAAAGAGGAGAAACAACAUCACUUUUGUGCAUGCAUUUGUUGAAGGUAUUAACAGGAAAAAAUCCAUAGCAAGCUUGUCAAGUACUGUUUUUCUCAAAACAAGAGGAGGCAUUUUCAUCUUUGUUGAUGUAGCUUUUUGUUUUACACAGACUCUUUGAGUAAGGAUGUUUACCCUUGUCAGAAAUCACGUUUGAUUCGUUUCUAGGAGGGUUCAGGAGUUACAUAGUGGAAUAGCAUGGAUGGCUAUAAGUGGUCCAAAAUUAAAGGCUGAACUUCUAGAUUGUGCAAGGAACUGGCUUAUGCACUAAACGUUUUGUGCCUUGGUCUACAAUUAACAUGAUUUCUGUUUAAAAGAAAAAGGAACAGUUGUUGUCUUUUUGUGCUGCUUCUACAUACAUACUUUCUGUAAUCCCAGCCUGCAGAACUGGUUCUUUCCAGAAAAUCGGAUUGAAUUAAAGAUUACUGUAGACAUUUCCUGACCUACUGACAGUUGCACCAUUUCCAGAGAUUUCAGUAUUGAAAAUGAACUGCAGAAGCUACGAUUAUUUUGCUUACUGGUGACUAAGUUCUUUAAAAACCAUAUUGUGGUGGUUCUGUGCUUUUGUACAUCGGAUGUCUUAAGCUGAGGGCAGUUUAAGGGAUCCUUCCUUUUGCCAGGAGGGCGUUGCUUUCCUCAACACUGUGAUCUGACCUGUGAUAAACCUGCACUAGAGACAAGUGGCUACCGAGUCAACCGCAAACCAACUGAAUGUAAAACCCUUAGUGCUGGUGCUGAAAUCUCUUCAGACAGUCAUAAUGAUUUCCAGUUCGUUGUUUUAAAGUUAUCAAGUGUCAAUCAAAGACUGAAGCUGUUCACUAAUGAAUGUUGACUUUUCAUGCAUUUAGGUUUACCUUCUUUUUAGUUUCUCAGUUCAUUCUCUGCUAUUUUUAUCAUAUUGUGUCAUUUUAAAUUUCUUACAUGCUAACGUUUUGUUUGAGCGAAUGAAAUAAAAUUGCAAUAUAUA